UGGGGGAUUCCAGGCGGAAGUCCUACCCCUGAGCCCCGCCCCGAGCCCCUCACUGGAGCUGGGCCUGGAUUUGUUCAUAAGUUUCCACCCCCUUUCUUGUGAGACCCCAGGAGGCCACCACCAAACAGCUGCAGUAUGACGUGAAAUGAUCCCACUGGGACCCUUUACCAGUCUCUGUAGACAGUGACACACCUUGGUGAUGGGGACUUCAAAUGUGUCAACAAGUUCAGAUUUCACCCUGGUGGGACUCUUGAGCCACACGGGGCCCCACCUCGCCCUCUUCUUCCUUGUGGCCACUACGUUCACCACAGGCCUGCUAGGUAACACCAUCCUGAUUUUCCUGAUCGCCACAGACUCCAGGCUCCAUACGCCCAUGUACUUCCUGCUCAGCCAACUCUCGAUUCUGGAUAUCGGCUUCCCUCUAAUCACCAUCCCCAAGAUGAUGACGGACUUCCUGCAGGGAGAGAAUGCCAUAACCUUCGGGGGAUGCGUCACCCAGAUGUUCUUCCUCAUGCUCAUGGGUGUUUCUGAGGGAGUCCUUCUGUCCCUCAUGUCUUAUGACCGCUACGUGGCCGUGUGCCAUCCGCUGCAUUACCAGGUGCUCAUGAGAAGCCACGUGUGUCUGGCGAUGGUGGGCGCAUCCUGGUUCUCAGGUGCGCUGGUGGCCUCGGUCCAGACCUCCAUCACCCUGCAGUUCCCCUUCUGUGCCUCGCAUACCGUGGACCACUUCUUCUGUGAGCUGCCGGCUCUCCUCAAGCUGUCGUGUUCAGACACUUCAGCCUAUGAGUUGGCGCUAUCCAUCUCUGGGGUGCUAAUCUUACUGCUGCCCCUGUCUCUCAUCUUCACCUCCUACGGCCACGUUCUAGGGGCCGUGCUGCGCAUGCGUUCAGCCGAAGCGAGACACAAGGCUUUCACCACAUGCUCCUCACACGUGGCUGUCGUGGGUCUCUUUUACGGGGCAGCCGUAUUCAUGUACAUGGUCCCAGGUAGCUACCACUCCCCACAACAGGACAACGUGGUGUCCCUCUUCUAUAGCCUCAUCACCCCAGCCCUCAACCCGCUCAUCUACAGUUUGAGGAACAAGGAAGUUCGAAUGGCCUUGGUGAAGGUCAUGGGCAGGGCUGACAUCAGGGCAAAGCGAUGACGUCCUGGGGUGCUGGUUUUCCCAGGAGCCUCCUGUACGGCUUGGAAGUGUGCGAGGUUCACUGUAGCUGGCCAGCUGCCUCCUCCAGGAUGCACUUCUCACUUCUGUGUGAAUUUGUAGAAGACUAGAAGCUAUACCGCAGCUUGGGCUGCAUGCGUGUCAUCACCACACUAGCCCAAGGGAGGCAGAGGCAAGAAAGUUACCUGAAUUGUUCAGCCA